AGGCUCACCACUUCGCAGCGGCAUCGGCGCUGUGUGCGGCGGAGUUUCAGGACGAUCUCGGCGAGAUCUUGCAGAACGAGGGCAUCAAGCUUUGCCUCCUCGUGGAAGGCCGACGCUUCUACGGAUUCUUCCUCUACAAGUUCUGGUGCCCACCGCUCAAGGCGCUGAGCAUCCCCCGCAUCGCCGUGGAGCCGAAGUAUCAGCUCCUGGGCUUCGGGCGACUCAUGGUGAGCUGGGCCAUCCAGAAGGCCAAGCAGAAGCCGCGGCAUGAAUGUAAUCGAGUGAGCCUAUCCGCAACACCUGAGGCCGGAUUGGUGGCCAUGUGAAGAUUGGCACCCGCUUUUAGGGGGGCCGAGGCUUAGAUGAUACUGGAAACAUGGAGUGUUUGCCAGGGUUCAUUUAAGAGAGAGAGAGAGAGAGAGAGACUUUCACUUGGGCGGUG